CACACACACACAGCUUCCAUGACUCCCCCUCACCAUGCCGGCCCCGCCGCCGCGCCCGCCUGGGCCAGCGGCUUCUACAAGCUCUCGGUCGCCGAGCGCCGGGCCAUCCUGCAACAGGCCUUCCCCGAGGUGUUCGAGCCGGAAAUCCAGGCCGCUGGCGGGGAGUUCCCCCUUCUGCCCCUGUCCACCGACCAGGCCGACAACAUGGUGGAGAAUUGCGUCGGUACCAUGGGCCUGCCGGUGGGUGUCGGCUUGAACUUCGUCAUCAACGGCCGCCCGACCGUCGUGCCCAUGGCCGUCGAGGAGCCGUCCGUCAUUGCCGCCGCUUCCAACGCCGCCAAGACCAUCCUCGCCGGUGGUGGUUUCGCCGCCAGCACCUCGGACCCGCGCAACGUCAUGAUUGCCCAGGUCCAGAUCCUGGACCUGCCGGAGGAGCAGCUGGCCCCCGCGGCCGAGCGCAUCCUGGCCGCCCAGGAGGCCCUGCGCCAGGAGGCCAACUCGCGCUUCUGCGCCUCCAUGGCCAAGCGCGGUGGCGGCCUCGUGUCGGUGACCGUGCGCACGGUGGACCCGGCCCGGUUGGCCUCGGCCCAGGACCUCUUCGACGCCGGGGUGUGCCCCUCCUUCGAGGCGCGCCACGCGCGCGCCGCGGCCGACCCCGCCAACCAAGACACCCCGGCCCUGGAGGUCCGCUCCCCGCGGACCCCCUACCUGGUGGUCCAUCUGCUGGUGGCCGUCUGCGAGGCCAUGGGCGCCAAUGUGUGCAACACCGUGGCCGAGGGCCUGGCCCCGAUGCUGGAGCGCCUGGCCGCCGGGGAUGCCGGGGACCUGGCCCCGCGGGCCGGCCUGCGGAUCCUCUCCAACCUGGCCAUCCACCGCCUGGCCCGGGCCAGCUUCCGGGUCCCGGUGGCGGCCCUGGCCCGGCCCGGGUCCGACGGCCUGCAGGUGGCCCAGCGCAUUGUCGAGGCCGCGGCCUUCGCCCAUGAUGAUCCCUUCCGUGCGGCCACCCACAACAAGGGCAUCAUGAAUGGCGUCGGUGCGGCGGCCGUGGCCCUCGGCCAGGACUGGCGCGCGGUCGAGGCCGGCGCCCACGCCUUCUGCGCCGUGGACCAGUAUGCCGCCAAGCGCCCGGGCUCCGGCUACCAGCCCAUGACCCAGUACUGGGUUGAGGGGGCCGGUCCGGACGCCGUCCUUCGUGGCGAGAUCGAGCUCCCCCUUGCCGUCGGCACCAAGGGCGGCGCCGUGACCACGGUCCAGUCAUACCGCGUGGCCCUGGCCCUGGCCGGCAGCCCCACCUCCGCCGAGCUGUCGCACAUCCUGGCGUGUGUCGGCCUGGCGCAGAACUUCGCCGCCGUGCGUGCCCUCUCCCUGGAGGGCAUCAAUCGCGGGCACAUGGCCCUGCAUGCGCGGAACAUCGCCGUUGCGGCCGGUGUCCCGACCGAGCGCGUCACCGAGGCCGCGGCCUGGAUGAUCACCCACGGCGGCGGCCCGACCACCGACGCGGCCAAGGCCUUCCUGGCCGCCCAGGGCAUCGCCCCCUCCACCUAAAGGCGGGGUCCUGCCUCGCUGGCAUGCCCGCCCUUGUCCUUCUCUUGUUGCCCGCUUUCUCCUCCCGCCCCCUCUCUGCUGUCCCCCAUGCCCGGUGGGGUGCAUGCCGACGCUCGUGUGUCGGCUGCGUGUUCCCUUGCCCGUGACCAUGCAAAUGCCCGCCGACAGUUGCAACCCCCCUCCCCCCUCCCCCCUUCACAUCGGUAUAAAAUACUUCCUUGUCUUGGCCUUUGGGCGGGAAAGCGCGUCUUCAUUGAACAGGAGAGGGAAGUCGAUGUACAUGGUACACAUGGGGUAAAUCUAGGGGGAGAAUGGCAAGUAAAGACGGGGGCGGGUGGUUGCGCGCAUGCACGCCAGUCUGGCGGAAGAAGCGCAGCACCCUUUGAUCUACACAAGGACGAGAUAGGGGAAAGAAAAGGGGAGACAGGGAGGGGAGGGGGGGGGGGGGAAGCGAGAGGGGGAGAAGACCAGGGGAGGAGAUGCAGGCACAGGAAGGGGGAAAGGCAGUCAAGGCAACAUCUACUUGUCGAUCUUCGAUGAGUCCUUCAACUCCUCGUGGGCUGAGGGCUUGGUCUCCUCAUCGUCGUCGGUGGCGGCGGCAGCAGCAGUCUGCUCACGCUGCUGCUGCUGCUGCUGCUG